CUACAAAUCAUAAAUCCCUAUCCGUCUCAGCGUCUAUCCGAUACCGGAUUCUUUCCUUCUUUCCUCGUAGCGAUUCAACCGAUCUCCAAGAAAAGGCGCAAGGCUCCAAACGUGGAGGACACUCUAAAGCUGACCCAUUGGGCCACUCAGGACGAGUUGGAUAAAAUAUUUAUGAGUUCGGUGAGAAGCGCCAGACGUGUUAUUGAAGGAAAGCAGAGCUGCGAAGGAGGAGAUGGCCAUGGCGAUGCCUUUGAGUUUGGCAACCUAUAUAGUGAACAUGGUCUGGUCUUUGCUCGACGGCUGGAUAUCGUCUUGCGUUAUCGUCGCCGACGAAAUCGCUCGCGCUCUUCGCACGGGUGACAUUGGCCCCUUUCCUAUCGGCUGAAGCUUUUCUUCUCGUUUAGCUUUUCAGGAAGAGUUCCACAAGGGAAAUUUCAUAGAAUGAUGGAGUAGGUUUGCAAGAAGUAGUGGAGUUGAUCCGGUUCCAAAGGUUCGCAUGGGUUUUUACUAUGCAGGGUCUACUGUUGUGUUAUCCAUCUUGUAAAGUGUUAGCAUUAAUCCACAGUUGAAUGUCAUUCAUGUAACCUUAUCUUCAAUAGUCUGUUCUUUUCUUAUUGUAUAGUUUACUUUUUAUUUGUCUAAUGCUGCUCUUCAUGUCUUAUUUUGAGUACAAUGAUUGAGCUUGUAUGAGUGCUACAAUAAUCAGAAGGUUUUAUUAAAUAACUUUCUGUUUCAAGACUUCAGAUGCUCAAAAAACAAGAAAAUUCAUUUCUGUUUA